AUGUCCGGCCUCCUGGCGCUCACAGCCCGCGGGCGUCUGCCAAUCAGGCGACUCAUCAAUCAGGAAGCGAGGUGGCCUAAGGCCCGCCCUCCCCUCGAGUGCAAGCCAAUGGGCAGGCCCCAAAGACUCGUGCAGGGGCCUUUUGGGUUGUGGGUGUCGCUUGCGCUGGGGCGCCGGUUCCCCUUGGAAGACAAGGUGGCGGUGGUGACUUCCAACCUGAGCAUUCAGGCCCUCAUUUUCCCUCAGGCAGCCCGUGGCCCUGUCCGGCGCUCUAAGACAUUUCGGAAAACUGGCCGACGCCCUGUCACGUGCGCGCUGGACCGGGCGGCCUCCCGGGCGGCCUCCCAGGCGGCCGGAACGAGCUGUUCUCCUAGCGCGUCCGGUACGAACGGCGACUGUAGGCGCAUCCGCGGGAGCCUGGCCUCGCUGGGCAGCAGGGGCGGCGGCGGAGCGGGGGGCGGCAGCGGUCACGGGCACAUGCAUGACCCCGCGGAGGAGCGGCGGCUCAUUGCCGAGGGCGACGCUUCCCCCGGGGAGGGCAGGACGCUCCCAGGCCUGGCGGGCGAGCCGGAGCGCGGCUGCCCCUCAGCGCAACCCGCANAACCCGCAGCCUCUCUGCCGCCACUCCAGCAGUCGCCGCAGUCGGCCUCCGCCUCCUGCGAGCAGCCCUCGGUGGACACCGCUAUCAAAGUGGAGGGAGGCGCGGCCGCCGGUGACCAGAUUCUCCCCGAGGCCGAGUUACGCCUGGGCCAGGCUGGCUUUAUGCAGCGCCAGUUCGGGGCCAUGCUCCAACCCGGGGUCAACAAAUUCUCCCUGAGGAUGUUUGGCAGCCAGAAAGCCGUGGAGCGGGAGCAGGAGAGAGUUAAGUCGGCCGGGUUUUGGAUUAUCCACCCCUACAGCGACUUCAGAUUCUACUGGGACCUGACCAUGCUGUUGCUGAUGGUAGGGAACCUGAUCAUCAUCCCCGUGGGCAUCACCUUCUUCAAGGAUGAGAAUACCACACCCUGGAUUGUCUUUAAUGUGGUGUCAGACACAUUCUUCCUCAUCGACUUGGUCCUCAACUUCCGCACAGGGAUUGUGGUGGAAGACAACACAGAGAUCAUCCUGGACCCACAGAGGAUUAAGAUGAAGUACCUCAAAAGCUGGUUUGUAGUGGAUUUCAUCUCCUCCAUCCCUGUGGACUACAUCUUCCUCAUUGUAGAGACACGCAUUGACUCAGAGGUCUACAAGACAGCUCGGGCCCUGCGCAUCGUCCGCUUUACCAAGAUCCUCAGCCUCCUGCGCCUCCUGCGUCUCUCCCGCCUCAUUCGAUAUAUUCACCAGUGGGAAGAGAUCUUCCACAUGACCUACGACCUAGCCAGCGCUGUGGUGCGCAUCGUGAACCUCAUCGGCAUGAUGCUCCUGCUCUGCCACUGGGAUGGCUGCCUGCAGUUCCUGGUCCCCAUGCUGCAGGACUUCCCCGAUGACUGCUGGGUGUCCAUCAACAACAUGGUGAACAACUCCUGGGGAAAGCAGUAUUCCUACGCCCUGUUCAAGGCCAUGAGCCAUAUGCUGUGCAUCGGGUACGGACGGCAGGCGCCCGUGGGCAUGUCCGACGUGUGGCUCACCAUGCUCAGCAUGAUUGUGGGCGCCACCUGCUACGCCAUGUUCAUUGGCCACGCCACCGCCCUCAUCCAGUCCCUGGACUCCUCCCGACGCCAGUACCAGGAGAAGUACAAGCAGGUGGAGCAGUACAUGUCCUUCCACAAGCUCCCGCCCGACACUCGGCAGCGCAUCCAUGACUACUAUGAGCACCGCUACCAGGGCAAGAUGUUCGACGAGGAGAGCAUCCUGGGCGAGCUCAGCGAGCCGCUACGGGAGGAGAUUAUCAACUUUAACUGCCGGAAGCUGGUGGCCUCCAUGCCACUGUUUGCCAAUGCAGACCCCAACUUCGUGACAUCCAUGCUGACUAAGCUGCGCUUCGAGGUCUUCCAGCCAGGCGACUACAUCAUCCGUGAAGGCACUAUCGGCAAGAAGAUGUACUUUAUCCAGCACGGCGUGGUCAGCGUGCUCACCAAGGGCAACAAGGAGACCAAGCUGGCAGAUGGCUCCUACUUUGGAGGUGAGGCCCCGCUGCAGGCCGCCGCUGCCACCACUUCUGUGGCCAUAGCCCUCACCCACCACCCACGUCUGCCCGCUGCCGUCUUCCGCCCUCCCCCUGGCCCCAAGCUCAGUGGCCUUGGACAGGGGCAGACACCCCGGCAUCUGAAGCGGCUGCAGUCUCUGAUCCCUUCUGCGCUGGGCUCUGCCUCGCCCGCCAGCAGCCCAUCCCAGUUGGAGACCCCAUCUUCCUCCUCCUUCCACAUCCAACAGCUGGCUGGAUUCUCCGCCCCUGCCGGACUGAGCCCUCUCCUGCCUGUGUCCAGCUCUUCUCCACCUCCCGGGGGCUGUGGCCCUCCUCUGGCUCCCACUCUGUCCGCCAACACAGCUUCCACCACCACGGCAGGAUUUGGCUACUUCCACAAAGCCUUGGGUGGCUCCCUGUCCUCCUCCGACUCGCCCGUGCUCACCCCCCUACAGCCUGGCGCUUACUCCCCACAGGCUAACCAGCUGCCGCCCCCACUGCCAGGGGCCCAGGGAGGCCUGGGACUGCUGGAGCACUUCCUGCCACCCCCACCCUCAUCCAGGUCCCCAUCAUCCAGCCCAGGGCAGCUCGGCCAGCCUCCUGGGGAGUUGUCCCCAGGUCUGGCUGCUGGCCCACCAAGUACGCCAGAGACACCUCCACGGCAGCCUGAGCGGCCAUCAAUAGCAGGGGCUUCUGGGGGGGCUUCUCCUAUAGCCUUUACCCCCCGAGGAGGCCUCAGCCCCCCUGGCCACAGCCCAGGCCCCCCAAGAACUUUCCCAAGUGCCCCACCCCGGGCCUCUGGCUCCCAUGGUUCCUUGCUCCUGCCACCUGUAUCCAGCCCCCCACCACCACAGGUUCCUCAGCGCCGGGGCACACCACCCCUCACCCCAGGCCGACUCACCCAGGACCUCAAGCUCAUCUCAGUCUCUCAGCCGGCCCUACCCCAGGAUGGGGCACAGACUCACCGCAGAGCCUCCCCAUACUCCCCUGGGGAGCUUGUGGCUGCCUUCCCACUCUUCUCCAGAGCUGGGGGUUGCAGUGGGGGCAGCGGGGGCCUUGGUCCCUCUGGGAGGCCCUAUGGUGCCACCCCAGGCCAGCAUGUCACUCUGCCUCAGAAGACAUCCUCAGGUUCUUUGCCACCCUCUCUUUCUUUCUUUGGGGCAAGAGCCGCCUCUUCUGGGGGCUCCCCUCUGACUGCUGCUCCCCAGAGGGAACCUGGGGCCAGGUCUGAGCCAGUACGAUCCAAACUGCCAUCCAAUCUAUGAGCUGGGGCCCCUCCCUCUCUUUUCUCUCUUUUUUCUCCCUUCUUUCUUCCUUCAGGUUUAACUGUGAUUUAGGAGAUAUACCAAUAACAAUAAUAAUCAUUUUAAAAAAACUCACACCAGAAAAACAAAAGACAGCAGAAAAUAACCAGGUAUUCUUAGAGCUAUAGAUUUUUGGUCACUUGCUUUUAUAGACUAUUUUAAUACUCAGCACUAGAGGAGGGAGGCAGACAAGGCCCAACGCAAAAGCCAGAGGAAGGGGCUGUGGGGGGGAGGGGAGGUGCUGGGGCUUGGUUGGGGGGGGUUACCCAUAUUUGGGUUCCUAGAGCAAACCUGUCAUUGUAUUUGUUUUAGGGCACCAGCCACCACCAGCCCCUUAGCUGUGAACUUGGUGCCUCACUCUGCUGGGGGUCACCUAAGGGCUGCCCUGGGGUAUUUUCCUGGGGAGCCUCAGUCACCUGAGUCCUUGGAUCAAAAUGGGGCCAGGGUCCUGAGAAUUUUGCAUUUUUUUUUUUACUGCAAACUUAGCAAGAUAUGUAUAUGUAUAUGUAUGUAAGAUGUGUAUAUGUAUAAGCUAUGUAGCGCUCUGCAGAGCCAUGUAGAUAGCCACUCACAUGUGUACACAUGUGUGUGAAUCUAGUUUAACCCCAUGUUGCCAGGACACCCAAGUCACUUUACAUCCAGCAGCCCAGCAUAGCCUGCAGGCUGGGCACCUCAAGGUCGGGGAGGGGGGGAGUGUUGUUUCCAGUCCUCAGGGAAGAGGACCCCAAGACCUCUCAGCAGGCCUCCUGUCUCCCCAUCUCUGGUUACAUAUCCAAUCCUAGCCUGACCUCUCGCCACAUGAAAGCAGAGGACUCUGAGCUUUAUCUCCUGUGGUCCUCAACACAUCCUGUUCCCUCUGUGGCCCUCAGUUCCCCUUUGGUACAGUGGGAGGUGAGGGAACUUCUGGUUGAGUCUGCUCUGUGCCAAGCACUGGGUCAGCACUUUACACACAUUAACUCCUUCAAUUUCACAGAGACUAUGAGGUAGGUACUUUGAUUCUUCCUAUUUCACAAAUGAGGAAACUGAGUUUUGGGUACUUUUUCCAGAAUCACGUAACUAGGAAUGGCAGAGCUAGGACUGAUGUGAGAUUCAAAUUCAUGCCUGCCUGAGGCUGAAGCCUAGGUUCAUUUUUUCCAUUAAAAACUGUUGAGAGGGGCUGAGUUAGUCUUCAAGCAUUGUGCAGAGGGAGGAGACCAGAUUAUGGAGGCAGCCAGACCUGGUUCAAAUCCUAGCCAUGCCUUACCUGUGUGAUCUUGGGGAAGUUAUCUGACCUUUCUGAAUCUUUACCUCACAUGUAAAAUGGGAAUAAUUAUGGUGCCUCCUCACAAGGAUGUGUGAGGACCAGAUAAGAAAAGUAGUAUAUGUGAAAUGCCCAGCGUCUGGCACAUACCAUCGUAGGUGCUCAAUAAGUCAUAUUUCUUCUGCCCCUCCGUACACCCAGCCAUUGCUCCAGCAAGCUAUGGUGAGAGCCAGGGAGCUUUGGCUGAGAGCUCCAGGGCUUAUGAUCUCAGGACAUAGGAGGUGACUGGGCUUCCCUGAGAGCCUAAGGAAAGUGUGGUCAGUGGUAGGCUUAGGCCAGGCUUCGAGAUGGAAGAGUUAUCGAGGGAGAGAAGGAGGGAGGGAAGGAAAGGAGAAGGGAGGAAGUAGGAAGGCUGGGUGGGAUGGACUGCUUGGUGGGGACAUCAUGAAGGUAAUGUGCAAUGUGGAGUUGGGGGCUUUGGGAGGAGGUCCUGAAGCCAGGUGGUCAGAGGGAAGGCCCUGGAUGGCAGGCUAAGGGGAUUGGACCUGAUUCUGCAGGCAACCAGGAGCCAGAAGCAGGUCUAGAAUGGGAGUCGAUGUGAAAGCUGCUCAGAUUAUAGCAGCUCCUUAGGUAUGAUCCUCUCCAACAAGGUUCUGCCAGAGCCAAGCUCAGUGGUCUGCCCCCUUCCUACAGAGUAGGAGCAGGUUUGGCUACCAAGACCUGAAUAAUGAGGAGAGCUGAUCCCACCUUGUCCAUCCAGAGCUCUCCUCCUUGCUCCAAGCCAGAAUGUUGGCAAGAUCAGGCUUUGUCCUGAGAUGUGGGGCAGGCCAGUUUCUUCAGUCAUGGGUCUCAGGGAGUGGGAGGCAGUCACCCAGGAAAGGAGGUGAGGAUCCUGGGGUCUUAGGGACAGACAGGGAGCCACCUGGCUUUGGUCUUUACUGGACAAGAGAAGGCCCCUCAGACCCAGGGGGUUCUCAGAGCUGGAAGAAUUUAAACAGAGGCCUCAGUCUGAGUUCUACACACACAUAUCCCUCCCGCCUGAGGAAGGUUUACUUAAUCUAAACCCACAGUCUAAUCCAGGGUACGACAAGGGGGGCUGUAGAAAAGGGACAGGAGUGAGAGCAGAGGGUUCAGUGGCAUGAGGAGUGAGGAACCCUGCCACCCCCGCAGCCCACCCCCCGGCUAUCAGGGCCUGGCCUCACCACCCUCUACACAAACACAUAUUAUGAAAACUCAGACCCAGUGCAGCCACUCUGGAGACUGGAGAAGCCAGGUCCAGUCAGUGGGCCCUCCUAUCCCCAGGCCCCCACAAGCAAUUUUCAAAUCUUCCACUUUUGAAACAGAAAACGGUAAACGUGCCGUGUUGUAUAUUUUAUUUAAAUAAAAAAAUUCUAGCA